ACGUAGUGUAGGAAAUGAACAAAUGAAGGUUUCGUAAGUAAGCCCGCGUUGCAGUGGCGGCCAUUUCGCGUUGAGAGUUGUGAGUUGUGAGGCAGCGAUGGGUCAGCGCGGGGCGAGGCGAAGGGAAUUGCACUCGUGGCACACCAUGAACGAGAACAGGGAGUACGAUCAUGCGAACCGUCCAAUUGCCGAGAACUUCAUUCCACCCACCUCCUCUCCCAGGAGCCGUAGCCCCCGCGGAGCGGGCAGGCGACGCGCCGCCACCACCGCCGCCACUCCCGUGGCCGUGCGACCCUCGCCCACGCUCGAAGAGCUGCUGGCGUCGAGCUGCGAGCUGGACUGCACACCGCGACCUCGCCUGCGCCCGCGCCCUCUUCGCUCCGCCCAGGGCGGCGUCGAGGACGAG